AUGCAUUGCAUCAAACCAGUUAAUUCAGAGGAGUACUGGACCCCGUGUGAUGCUCCAAGAACGGAACCACCCAACAUCAAGAGACCAGCUCAUCGCCCCAAGAUGAAGAGGAAUGUAGAUCCUGUAGAACCUGAGAUGCACGCCACUAAAGUCAAGAAGACCAUUGAAGUGACAUGCAGCAAGUGUGGACAGCUUGGGCAUUACUACAAGACCUGUAAGAAUGACCCAAAGGACCCAAACUGGCAGCCAUUGACCAAGAAGGAGAGAAGAGCUGGUAAGGGGAAGGGGUUGCAGAUUGUACCCUUUUACACAAACCAGAACAGAGGCCAAGAUGUAGGACCUAAUGUCAAUUUGAACAGUGCUAGUGUUCAACCUCCCCCACCUAUGGAUCCACAGGUUGCAGGAGAGGCUAUGAACCUGAAUCAACCACCCCCACAACCCUGCUCCACCCCCAACCUCAGUUAUGCCCAAAGAAGAAAGCACCCUGUGGUUAGGCCCCCAACCGCUCCUAUCUCGCCUCCACCUUCAUUUGGACAACCUACUCCACCAUCAGUUCAAGCAGCAUCAGGUCUUAUACCAUGUGUUCCAACCGGUCAGGCUGUAAACCCGAGGACAACAACUGCUAAUGUUCCCUUUCAACAAAGUGCUCCUUCUGCUGAGACCAUGGCUGCAGCAAGUUCUGGGACUGCAGCAAGGCUUUUCAAGUUCAUUCCUACCCCUGGGUUUAUACCUCCUAGGAAGACUUGA